AUGAAUAGAAUAAGGUAUAUAUUUAAUGAGCAGGGACUUUGGGGUUCAAUCACUAGUUUUAUCUCUGCAAAACAUACUACAGUGCGUUCUUCUGCAACAUUAAGGAGUUUUGUCAAAGAAUUAGGUACAGCAACUAAUGAUCGUAAUAUAAUAUCUUCUACCAGCUCAGUAGCUUCAGGAAUUCAAGCUGCAUUUUCAAAUGCAGAUAGUACUCAGUCUUCAAGAUUCUUUUCAAGUACAUUUUCUGUUUUAUCACAACAUUUAGUUAAACUGACUGACAAUUUAACUGAUAAUGUACUUCCUAUAGAUAUAAUCCUACCAAAAGCAAACGCAAUUCAGAUGUUCACAAGAAAAUUCAUUGUUUUAGUAAUCUUUGCAGGGUUUUUGGGAUUAUUUCCAAAUUAUAUUUUUCACUCACGGACUCCUGGAUUAUACUUUGGGAAUUUUUUUAGUGGAAGUGGAGCUUCUGGGCAGCAACUAAGCUGUAUUUUAAGCUACUUUAAUAUCAUGGCAAAUAAAAUAUCUUCUAAUGAUCAAUUAACUCUUGAUCUUGUAGUCUUUGAAAGACACUAUAGGCAUCCAAGCCCAGAAAGUUUUUUUACAUCUUCAACAUUAAAUAUACAACAGACAGUUUUAAUUAAAGGAUUUAUGGAAACCCAUAACCCCGGAGGACAUGUAGUAGAGGCAAUUUUUGGUAAUAAGGUGGUUGGUAGUGCAGUUCUAUCAAAUGUUAUGCAUCAGGAAGAGAUAAUGAUGACGGUUGCUCCGGAAACUUUAAUUUCACGUAUUUUUCAUACCGAUUUAAAUGAUGAGGAUGUCAUUUCCUUUAGGGGAUUAAUGAAGUUUUCUAAAUACAAUGGAUACGGCUCAAGUUUUUCUUAUGCUCCAGCUAAUGAAGAGGAUAUGUAUAAACCACUAACAAGAGUAUAUGGCUCAAUUGAUGCCUUAAACAAGGGGUACCCUCAAAAGCAAUUUACAGUGCAAUAUGCCUUAAGAGAACUCAAUAAACUAUUACCUCUAUUAUGUAGUGAUUUCUACGGAGAAUCAGAAGAAAAACAUCGCAGUCCUUUUGUUACUGGAUACUGGGGCGGUGGAGUCUUUGGAGGAGAUAUUCCAUAUAAAUUUGUUAUACAGUUAUUAGGGUCUUGUGUAUGUAAUAGACCAAUGGUGUAUUCAGAUGCAUCAAAUAAAUUGGAUUUAAACCAAAUUCGUCGGCUCGAGUCGAAAUACAUGACAUGCGGUGAGCUUGCCAAAGCAUUCUUUCAACUCCAGAAUGCUGGAAGGAUUACGUUUAACAACGCCAUAGGUGAACUUUUAAAGUAG